CUCAUCAACCUACAUAUCCAAAUCACAAAUUACAACUUGAAACCCAAAACUCAAACUAUCAUCAUGGAUUUCGUCAAGAACCUCGCAGGUGGCAACAACAACGCCAGCAACACCGAGGGCCAGCAAGCUCCUCCCGAGGCUGGCGGUAGCUUCAUGGACAAGGUCAACGGAAUGGCUGGCGGUGGCGCGCAGGGCGAGAAGAACGAAGAUGGUCUUGACAAGGCCGUCGACUUUGUGCAGGAAAAGUUCCUCGGUGGAGGCGACCAGAGCAACGAGGGCGCCGCCGAGCAGGCCAAGGACGAGGCUAUUUCCGAUGCUAUUCGUGACCAGUACAAGAGCGCCACAGGCAGCGAAUUCCCCAUCUCCGACAAGGACAAGAAAUAUGGAGCUUAAAAUGGCAUCGAGGAUCACGCGAGCUCUGAGACAAGAGCGAAAACAAAUAAUAUACGAUAAAAUUAUGAAAGCACCUGAAUGAUCACGAAACCUAUUACGUUCUAA